GAUUCUGUGCUCACUUCACACGAAUCACUUGGAUUGAAAAAGCGCAGAGACUGGCAGCGACGCUUUUGUUUUUCUCGUGAAAAGGACUCGAUUUGGCAUAAUUUCUGUGUUUUCUGUUGUGCAAAGUCUGCAAGCAAGAUGGAUGAGUUAGUUAAUAAGGUGGGAUCCUUCGUGGGGAUGGUGACUGAGAGUCGAAAGGAGCGACUGGCUAUGAUAGCGCACUUUACAAGAGAGAUGGAAAAGAAGUAUCUGGAGAAUCUUCCUGCGCAGAUGCAGUCAAAGAAGAAGAGAGUGGCUCAGGAUGACCAAGACAAGGAGAAUGAAUCCAGUGAGAAGAUUGCAGAGUCUUCCAAUUCACAACCGGCUCGCAAGGAUGAGUUUGCAAUGCCCGAGCCGGUGGCACCGCUGAGGCCCGUGAGGACAGCUAAGGUGAAUGCGUCGAAGAAUUUGAAGGAACCAGAUUUGGGAACAAAAAUGAGACAGCCGGGAAGCAAUGAGAUGUUGGUGGCGGUGAAGGAGGAGCCAGCAGAUGAGCCUGUAGUGGUGAAGCGAGAGACGCGCACCAAGAAGAAGCAGAAAAAGGCGCAGACCGAAUUGGCGCCUCCGGAAGUGCCACAAGAGGAAGCGCGUAACAGCAAUUCUGUGGAGCUCAUUCCGCCCAAGGAGCCAGAUCUCGUGGAAGUGGCUUCUGACGAGGAGAUGCCUCCGCCGGCUUUACCAGCGCCCAAGAAUCGCCGUGGUCGACCCAAGAAGAAGGCGUCAGUGAAUGUUGUGGAGCGCCCUGUCCGGGAGUCAAAGAUCAAGAAGGAAAAGUUGUCCGUGACCCCAGCACUUCCGGAAGCUCCAGUCCCCGACAGCUCGUCGCGAAAGGCUUCGGGAGAAUCCCAAUAUGAGGACGCACUGGCUGAGGCGCCGGCAGAGCAGCCCGUAGAGCAUCCGCUGGAGAUGAAUGCCACUUUUGACAUCGCACCGGCGAAUGCCGAGGCAGAGAAGAUGCCAGAAAAUAACAACAGCCUGAUGACAGAGGAUAAUUCGAUUGAGGUGCCGGCGGAGGAGCCGAAGAAGGCGUCUCUGCGGAAGCCUCAUCCGCACGAGCUGUUUAAUCCUUGUGUGCAAAGUCCGAUGCGUUCAAAGGUGGAGGCUUUCGAGCGUCAUGCAGCCGCCUCGGCGGGACUUCGCUCAGGGACUCGCACGCCGCUCGGGACCCCAUCGCAUGGUGGCCAUCCGGUGCUGCAGAAGGCCGCAUCCACUUCCAAACUAGCUCACAUCGUGACGGGAGCAAAGAAGAAGACAAAAUCCAACGCUCCGGCGUCGGCUGGGAAGGUGACGCGCUCCACAAGUGCUGAAGACACUAAGCGUGCUCUGAAUCCGCUGCUGCUGGUGGCGGAGGAGAAGCGAAAGAAGCGCGAGGAGCGCCACAAGUUGGCACAGCAGGCCAGGGAGGAGAAGGAGCGCGAGAAGCAAGAGCGCCAUCGCCGGAUGAUGCUCGAGCAGCAAGAGCGUGAGGAGAAGAUCCGCCAGGAGCGGCGCAAGGCGGCGAAGAUCAAGCAGCAGCAGGAGUUGGAGCAGAGGAAGCGUCUGGAGGAGCUGCAGAAGGCGCAGAGCGGCAAGGGGGCGACGGCAAAGGCGCUCAAGUAUGGCUUUGAGAUGCUCUGCAGCGAUGAUUCCACAGACGACGAGGGCAAGUCGUCAGCGAAGCGCCCCACGCCGCCUCUAUGGAGUGUAAGGCCGCAUCGGGAUGAGCUCGUGGCCAUCCAGGAACUGCUGCCACCGAAAAUCGCUGACACACUCUUCAUGGCGGCGCCAAUGACUCCCAAUCUGAAGGAGAUCUUCCCGAGCAUCGAUCCCAAAGAUCUGCACAGGAAUUCAUCAGCAGUCUGGAAGACGCCACCGAGAUUCUCCGAUCUUCCCAAAUAAUUGAAUAUUAAUCGCUAUCCAUUCUUAACGUCUUUGAUUUUUAGCAGAUUUUUAAUUCUCUUAAUAACCCACUUAUGUGAAAUGUACUGAUGAUUCUAUUAAACUCCCACACUUUUAUUGA